AUGAUAUUGAAGUCUAGGGACAAGCCUAUCUUGGCAAUGUUGGAGUGGAUUAGGGUUAGACUUAUGACUAGGCUUUACACAAAAAGGGAAGGGAUACAGAAGUAUGCUGGAAAGUUGUGUCCAAGCAUACAAGAUAGGUUGGAGAAAUUGAAAGUUGAAAGUAAGGCAUUUAGUGAUACCCUAGCUGGUAGUUUCCUUUAUGAGGUAGGCAGUCAGUAUGAGAGGCAUGUAGUUGAUUUGGUGAAGAAGACAUGUAGCUGUAGGUCUUGGGAUUUAAAUGGCAUUCCCUGCAAACAUGCCAUAACAGCCAUUUAUACAAACAUUGAGACACCAGAAGACUAUACCCACUCAUGCUACUUCAAAGAAACUUACAUGGAGAUAUACAAGAAGGUACUUCCUCCCAUGCCUGGCCAGUCAGAAUGGGCUGAGACUGGACAGCCUGCUCCCCUGGCACCUCACAUAUACAAACCACCAGGUAGACCACCCAAGCAAAGAAAGAAGGCUUCUGAUGAGCCUAGGAACCCUUACAAAGCAAGUAGACAGAACAGACCUGUAAGAUGUGGGAAAUGCAAAAAGGAAGGGCAUAACUCAAGAGGGUGCAAGGCUGGCAUCACUGGGGAGACACCAUGGCAGAGGAGACAGAGACUUCAAAGAGAAAAAGCUGUAAGUAAUUAG